AUGUCCCGCCAUCCUCUCACCGUCGAGAUCUCCAACGAAGUGGACCUCACCAUCAACAAGGUCCUCCCCCACGACAAGGUGUUCUCCAUCCAGGUGGGACACCGUCUCUUCCGUGCCAGUGGCUUGUCGUUAUCCUCCGACAGCCCGUCGUAUUUUACCAAGUUCUUCAGUGAGGACGCAAACAAAGACAAAGUGCUCUUUCUCGACAGAAACCCCAGGAUCUUCGAGAUGAUUUACAACCACCUCCAGGGCUAUCCGCUAGACAUCAACAACGACUACGACUUCGUGCAUUUGUGGCUGGACUCGCUCUACUUUGGGCUCCGGAAGCUCCAGAAGUUCCUCAUCAGCGAAGACAUCUUCGCCAACGUCGGCAACAGAACGUUCAAGAUCGCCAAAAGCCUCUUUGUAAACACCGGAAACUAUCCCAACUACUUCACAGUGUUGUACGACGGGUUGUUCCACGAAAACAUUGACCACAUCGUGGUCAAAGGCAUCCUCAGACCGCCUCCGUUGCGUCCAGCAACUGUGUGCAGAUCACCAGACUUGUUUGCUGACUUGAUAGGCUUGCUAAGAGGCAGCCUGGACGUGAUCAGAAAUGAUGAACAUCGUAGGUUGUUGAUACGGGAGUGCAAGUACUACCGGUUCUUGGAAUUGGAACAGAGAAUUGUCAAGCACAAAAUCAUCAACAACCCAUUUUCACCCUAUCGUCAAGAGAUUGUCAUUGAUCUCUUCGAUAUCCACCCUAAGGGUGUCGUCAACGACUCUCCGCCCGACAAGCUCAAGGAAGUACCUUUGAAGUACCAGCGACCAUUUUUGUCCAAAGAGCCAAAACGAAGCUUGAUCUUCCAGUUGGACACCACUGCCAAUCCCGACAUUUUGGGCUACUCGGAGGUAAAACUUGUUUUGAACAAAAACGUUCAUGUUCCCAUCGUGCACAUCACCCACAAGCUAGCUACCAGAAUGCAGUAUGCGUUUCAAGAGUUUAGUGGCGAGUUUACCACUCAGGAAAUAUCUCCUUUUCCCUGUAUUAUAUUCACCCUGGGUUUCGCUGGGUGCAAGUCCAUCAUUAAUGGAAGGGAGAUGAAGGAGCUGUGGAUUCACGAUAUCAUUGGAAAGGACGAAAAAGCCGGCUCCGAACCUCCAGCAAAAAAGAGAAAAGAGGUUGAGGGAGACUUGAUUGAGUUCCGCUUGACCCGUUCGUUGUGGAGAAUGGUCAUGAGAGGCAAGAUGGCAAGAGUGCAUGCGGUUUCCAUCGAGGGGUUCACUGACCAGACUGAGUUCUUGCGGAACGAGUUGGACUUCUUGUAA